AUGGUUCCCCACUGCAUUCCAGUCAGUGUAGACACAGCAUGUGGCUGGUUUGGAUGUCCCUGAUCUCGCUCGUCGCCGGAGAAUGUUACUGGAGGAGCAAAAGUCACUACCUAUUCUACGGGAAUAAGACACCGUAUGACAUCGUCAGGGGCGAUAUUAGGGAAGUCCCACCGUUAGAAGGAUGCAGUCCUGCCAGUAUUUGGUUCAUGGUGCGCCACGGCACGAGAUUUCCUGACAAGAGAGAUCGUCACGCGCUUCGCGAAACAUCUAGGAUGAAGUAUCAAAUUAUACAGAGUCAUCUUCAAGGCAACGGCAGUAUGUGUGAGGAAGACAUCGAAGUUCUCAGGAGCUGGUCUUGGGACAAGAAACUCGUAGAUCUCACAUCAUUCCUGACGCUGGAAGGGUACAAGGAGCUGAUGUACUUCGGAAUGAGGUUCGGUGAGCGGUUUUCGGAGUUUCUGGACUCUCUGGACGACUACAGCGUGCAGGCGACGAAGGAACAACGCACCGCCAUGAGCGCAAGAGCCUUCCUCAGGGGAGUCAGAAAGAAUAAGCUGUGGGAUAUUAAACUGAAACGAGUCAAAGAUGAUAUGAUUAUUAGGCCUUACAGACAUUGCAAGAAGCGUGCAAUGGAAGCCCUUCGCUCAAAGAAGAUGAUGCAUGAGAUAGAAAAAUUCACCCUGUCGGAGGAAUUUCAAAUGAUGACUCAAAGAGUAAGACAUCGGACUGGUCUACUGCAUCUUACAGAAGAUGAUGUGAUAGACCUGUACAAUCUGUGCCGAUACCUUCGCUCCUUCGAGCCGGAUAAGACAAACCCCUGGUGCGCGAUAUUCAGAGACAAAGACCUAGAGGUCUUGGAAUAUGUUGAGGAUAUACGACAUUAUUAUGUAAACGGAUACGGAACAUCAAUGAACCCGAUUCUAGGUGCUUCUGGGUUGAAGAAUAUGUAUGAGAAGUUUGCAAUUGCUCACAACGGCACCAACACACUUAGUGCUUACUUCUCCCACGGCGCUAUGGUGGACAUGAUGUACACAGCCCUGGGGAUGUUCCAGUGGCCGAUCAGUGGCCUCAACCGUGACGUGAACAGGGUCUGGAGAAAAUCUUUCAUGACUCCCUUCGGGGGCACUUUAAUCGCGAUUCUGCAGAGAUGUGACGUCGGUCAAGACAAGGUACAGUUCUUUACUAAUGAGAAAGAGAUUUUCCCAUGUGGGAAACAUAUCUGUACGUGGAAAGAAUUUGAGAAGAAAUUCGAGCAAUAUUUAGACAAUGUUAUUGACUUUUGCUGAUAUUUAGCAAAAGUGAAAAAGACUGCUGUUGCUUUGAUUCGAUAUUCAAGACUCAACAAGCACACGAUAUUAAGAACGAAUAAAGAAACUGAACAACAUUUUAAAGGCAGGUGCUGUGUACAACUGUACAUAUAAUAAUGUGCGUUAGAUAUACUAAUAGUGCAAUAAAAAUUAUCGAAUUUAU